UUUUGACAGUUAAAAGGAGAAGAAGAAUUAUACACCGCUGUGGAGCCUCGUCUUGCACACGAGUGCAGGAGAAAGUCCGAGGCACUUCAGGUCAGAUGUCCUUUGACCUAGCUCUGCCCCGCCACGCGCAGGACAGUCAGUCGGGAGGCGGCGAGGAGGAGGCGUCGGGUGGAGUCAGACCUGUUUGGAGAUUUAUCCCGACUUCUUCCCCUCCAAGCCUCGAUCCAGGCUCACCUGGACAAGCCCUCAAUCAUCCGGCUGGCCCUCAGCUACAUCCGUCUGCAAGCUCUGCUCAGAGAUGAGGUCCGCAUGCCUAAUGGUGGACUAUGUAUGAGAGGAGUCGAUGGUGGCGUCCGUUUGGGUUCUCAGGAUGCAAUGGAGAAGGAGCGCACGGAGGAUGAGAUCAGCAUCUACCUGAGGAUGCUCGGGGGGUUUGUCAUGGUGCUGUCGUCUCAGGGGGACAUGAUGUUCCUCUCUGAGAACGUCAGCAACUUCCUGGGCCUGACGCAGGCUGAAUUGAUGGGACACAAUGUUCUUGACUUUACUCAUCCGUGUGACCACCAGGAAAUCAGAAGUAACCUCCGCCUGUCUUCAGAAGAAAGAUUUUGGUGCGGCGCCAAGCGAGACUUUGUUGUGAGAAUUAAAAGCACAUUGGCUCUACAAGUACGAAGCACCAACCUCAGGUCAACCACGUGGAAGGUGUUGCACUGCCAGGGACGGGCCAAGGCAUGCGUUGGCCCCGCUUCCGUCUCUUGCCUGCUGCUCACCUGUCAAACUCUGCCUGUGUCACACACGCUCCUCAGCACACACACCUUCAGCAGCCAGCACAGCAUGGACAUGAGGUUCACACACUGUGACCACAGAGUGAUGAUGCUUUUAGGUUACAGUCCUCAUGAGCUGGUGGGACGCUCCAUCUACGAGCUUUGUCACACGCUGGACACCAACUCUUUGAGCAAAUAUCACGUCAACUUGUACCUAAAGAGCCAGUCAGUCAGCGGUCAGUACAGGAUGCUGGUAAGAGGUGGCGGGUACGUGUGGGUGGAGAGUCACAGCGCCGUCGUGCCCGGGGUGAGAUCCACCAAGUCCAGACCCUGUGCCCCCCAGCCGCUCUGCAUCUUCUGUGUCACUUAUGUCCUCAGUGGCGUGGAGGAGCCGUCCCUGCAGCUCUCUUUGGACCAGGUGGUGCAUCAUAGUUUGUCAUUGCAGUGUGCCGUCACUCAAAUCAGACUGGUUUUACCGAAAGUGUGUUACCUAACUAAAAGAUAGUCAACUUUUCAUUAAAGUGCUGUAUUGUAGUUAAAAUGGCUACAUUUUUUAUUGAAG